CGGGGCGGGGAGGGGGGUUGGAAGUAAUGUUUGUUGUAUGCCUACUCUAUUAGGCUCUUAGUAUUUAUAAACUCAUAUUCCUAGGGACACCACUAGAGUACUGUUGUCUCCAUUUUACAGAUGAGAAUAGCUGAGGCUAGCAUAAUCACUAUUUGGUCUAGGUAGGGAGUUAAGACAUGCCACCUACAUUACUACAAAACAUGAAAUAUGCUUAAGUGCUUACAAUAUCCAAGCCACAGGUAGGUGGUAUGAGUGGCCCUGUGAAGCAAAAACUAGCAUUUGCACAAACAGGCACACUACCAUGUGCCUGUUUCUGCAAAUAAAUUUCCCAAAGUGGCCACAGACGGGUGCGAAUCCACUAAGGACUCCCGGGUGUGAUGGGGGCACGAACCAGACAAUCCUCGUGGAAAGCCGCAUCCGAGCGUCCUCGGUAUUCUACAUGUACGGAAGUUGGCUGGGGUCGGGAGGCUUGCCCUGCGGCUGCGUCCUGCUCCCCGAGCCCUCCCCGCUUUCAGCCGCUGCUGCCGCUAAACCCCGGAGAGUGGAGCGUUCACGUUGAGAUUACUCGGUGGGCCUGACAGUGGUUGCUGGGCAUGCUCAGUGGGCAGGACCCGUUAGGAGUGGCGAGACCGCAGCUGAACGCACAGCUAGAAGGUUGGCUCUCACAAGUACAGUCUACAAAAAGACCUGCUAGAGCCAUUAUUGCACCCCAUGCAGGAUACACCUAUUGUGGGUCUUGUGCUGCUCAUGCUUACAAACAAGUGGAUCCGUCUAUUACCCGGAGAAUUUUCAUCCUUGGGCCUUCUCAUCAUGUGCCCCUCUCUCGAUGUGCACUUUCCAGUGUGGAUAUAUAUAGGACACCUCUUUAUGACCUUCGUAUUGACCAAAAGAUUUACGGAGAACUGUGGAAGACAGGAAUGUUUGAACGCAUGUCUCUGCAAACAGAUGAAGAUGAACACAGUAUUGAAAUGCAUUUGCCUUAUACAGCUAAAGCCAUGGAAAGCCAUAAGGAUGAGUUUACCAUUAUUCCUGUACUGGUUGGAGCUCUGAGUGAGUCAAAAGAACAGGAAUUCGGAAAACUCUUCAGUAAAUAUCUAGCGGAUCCUAGUAAUCUCUUUGUGGUUUCUUCUGAUUUCUGCCAUUGGGGUCAAAGGUUCCGUUACAGUUACUAUGAUGAAUCCCAGGGGGAGAUUUAUAGAUCCAUUGAACAUCUAGAUAAAAUGGGUAUGAGUAUUAUAGAACAAUUAGAUCCUGUAUCUUUUAGCAAUUACUUGAAGAAGUACCAUAAUACUAUAUGUGGAAGACAUCCCAUUGGGGUGUUACUAAAUGCUAUCACAGAACUCCAGAAGAAUGGAAUGAAUAUGAGCUUUUCUUUUUUGAAUUAUGCCCAGUCAAGUCAGUGUAGAAACUGGCAAGACAGUUCAGUGAGUUAUGCAGCUGGAGCACUCACGGUCCACUGAAGCUCUGAGUCCUCAGGGAUACCGCCUGCACACACUCAUACUCUGUCUGGGGUCCCAGCCUAACCCUUACCAAGAUACUGGUCCUGGUUUGGGGGGAUUCUGAAACCUCAAACUAAUAGAACUUUCUUCUUUUCUAGUAGGUGUAGUCCUUCCUUAAUUUCAACUCAUUAAAAAAUGCUUUAUAGUUUAGGCAGUGGAAGGAAGGCUGGCAUCAAAAUAUGUGAUCAAACACCAUGGCAGUGUAAAGGCCCAGUUGUGGCAGACAGUUUUUUGAAAGUAACUUGUAAAGCAUUUACCAUAUCCUAAAUUUGCACUCUUUGCAGACUUGUGCACAUAUAUUCCGCUUUCAGAAUAGUUUUGCAAAUUGUACACAAACAAAAAAAGGGUGGAAGCUUUUUAAUAAAGAAAUUGCAUUUAUAAAUGAUCUGUAUUAAAAUAUAAUAAAUCUCCAGUUAUAGUCAAUUACUACCCAUGUUGUACAACAGAUACCUUCUAUUUUAGUUGCUAAUAAAGGGCUACACAAAUCAAAAUAGUCUGAUUUAAACUUAUUGCUUUGUGGUAUAUAUGAAAAUUGUUUUUUUAUUAAAUCCAUCUCAGAAUUUUUAUGUUAAAAGUGGUAAACUUCAGCUCCUAUGUAAAAAUAUGUUAGGAUGUAUUUUAUAUUUUACAUAUGUGAUUUAUUAAUCACAGAUAUUAGAACCAUAUUUUCAAAGUUAUCUUUUGAAAUUACAUAGUUUGCCUUUUUGUGUGUGACAUCACUUUGUGUCAUUACUCUAUUGUAGUAGAAUAUAAAUUCAAGAUUGAUGAAAGAACAUACAUGUAGUCUUUAACUUCAAAGAUUGUGUUUGAUAGGCAGUAGUCUGCAAAUGAGGAAACAUUGAAGAGUGUUUGUGUUUUUCAAAUCAUUGCAGACCAUACACUGCUGCUAUGCCUUUUUUAGUGCUUUAAGCAAUUUGACUCUUACUUGAAUUUUUAGCAAGAAAUCAUUAAUAAUCAUUAAUAAUAACAACAGUAACCAAAAGUUGUUCUACAAUUUUUUGUUAUGAUUUUUGGUGCGGCUCUUCCAACUAAAAUAAUGGUAUGGUGUUGUAUUUCUUCCUAUAGCAUAGACCCGUUCUAGUCAUUUGAGGGAAAAUAUGUAAUUCAGUUAGUUACUUUAAUAUUGGCCACCAUGCAUAUACUAGAUUUUACCAAUUUUAAUCUAACACUGGGUAUUUAUGUUACAUUGGAGAAUGUUUAUAUCUUCAGUGUUAUGCCAGAAUAGCACAAUUUUUAGAUGCCUUGCACCAAUUUUAUUUAAAGAUUUGCUUUUCUUAUUUAUUAAAUGUCAGCUUUCUAUACUCAAGAAUUGAGAUAAAAUAAUGUUACCAUUUGGAUUCAAAAUUACCCACCUCUACAUGGGUGGAAAUUAUACUCUUACAUAUUAAUGAUUUGUUUUUCAUCAUUUAGAUAUGCUUUUGAGUACUAUAUUUAUUCCUUAUUUAUUAUAUAGACUAUAAAAAUUUCAAAUUUGGUGAUUUUUUAAUGUUUUCUGAGUAUAAAACUAAUAACAUGAUUAUUAUAGAAAAUUUAGAAAAUACUGAAAGUAGAAAAAGAAAUUAUCUGCAGUCUCACCAGAGAUAACACUGUUAAUAUUUUUUGUAUUUCCUCUCAGUCUUUGUUUAUGCUACUUAUGUGUAUGAGUGUAUGCGUGCAUAAUAACAAUAUUGAGAUUAUACUGACCGUAUAGUUGUAUGCCCUACUUUUUAUAACAAUAUCCUAUCAUAAGGAUUUCCCCAUGUCUUUGAAAAUGUGAUUUUUAAAAACUGGCUGCCUAAUAUUUUAUUGUAUGAAUAUACCAUAAUUGAAUCAGUUCUUUGGAUAUUAGAUUGUUUCUAAUGUUUCACAAUUAUAGGUAAUAGUGGGGUGGACACCUUGUAUGUGAAAUUUGAUCUCUAUAGUAGACUAGUUCUUUCAGAAAAAAAAUCAUGGGAGUGGGAUAAUUGGUUUAGAUGGUGAAACUGUUUUGUCUCUUUAAAAAUGUGGCCAAUUACCCUUCAGCAAGAUUGUAUCAAAUUAGCAAUUUAUGAGUACCCAGCAUUCUGUCCCUUCUCCACUGUUGAUUACUAUCUUUCCUAAUCUUUGACAAUUUGUUAAGCAAAUAAUUGGUUGUUCUUUUGAUAUUCUAAUAAGAGUGGCUUAAAAAUGAAUCUUUUUUUCCUUUAUAAUUUUAUAGUUUAUUGAUUAAUAAAAAACAGGAGAGUGUUGCUUAGGUUGAAUGAGCUGUAGCCCUAAUGAAUAUGUUCACUGUACAUUUAAAAUUCUAGAAUAUUUCAUCAUUCUACCUUUUCCUAGACUAUGAGCAUAUCUUUCAUACUCAGUCAUAAAGUAGAAAGAGUUUCAAACUUAUAGUUGAGUGUUGGGUUCUAGUUCUGUCUCUGCUACUGAUCAGUUCUCUCACCAUAAAUAUUUCAUGUUGUAUUGAAACUUUCUUAUCUGUAAAAUUUGGAGGUGAUCUCUUAGGGACUCCGAUUUCAAAGUACUUUAAUGUUGUGACUUCACUAUUUAGAGAUUCUGGUGUCACUUUAGAUGAUUGAAUUUAGAAGCAUUAUCUUUUUAUUUCAACUUUACAUAUGUGAAAAUGAAAGUCUUUUUGACACAAAAGGGAAAUUAAUUUGCAUUAUUUAAUGCAGUUAAUAUUACCUAAAUUGUUGAAUGUAAGCUUUCCUACUUGAAGUGCCUUUAAAAAUAUUUUGUAUUUGAAGUCUGAAAUGUAAAGGAAAUUAUUAUGUAGUCCUGUACAGUUUCUUCUUUAUUACACACAUUUAUUUGUAGUAACCUUUUUGAAUCUUAGAUUGUUUGCACAGAGCAGUAUAUUCAUGGAUUCUUCAUUCACUAUUCCACUAGUAAGCCCUUGACAAAUGUAUGUCAAAGAUUAGGUCAGUGAACAGGUAAGUAAAUGCUCUAUCUUGGGCUGGCAACAACUUUUCAGGAAUAGGUUGAAGGACUAUUCAGAUACUCCACUGUUUCUGUAUUCCAAUGUGGAUGGUAGGUGUCCUGAGUUAGUUACUGGUUAUUGUUGCAGAUCUCAAGUUUCUCUUUGGUAGUAAAUAGUUCAUUACCCUAGAUGAGAGGUUGGCAAAUGUUUUGUGUAAAGGGCCAGAAAGUAAAUAUUUGGGGUUUUGCAGGCCUGUCCCAGCUAUUUGUCUUUGCCAUUGUAGCACAGAAGCAGCCAUAGACAGAUGUGUAAAUAAAUGAGUGUGUGUGGCUGUGUUUCACACAAGAAGGUCAUGAGCUUUAUUUGGUCCAUAGAUCAUAGUUUGCUCUUUCCCUGUCUUACAUGGGGUAGGUCACUUGUAGUUCAAGUUAUUGGCUAUUAAUACAAAUUUCAACAAAUGGUUGUAAGGUUCUACCAUCCUAACCCUUUCUUAAUUUGGUGUAGUCUAGUUGGCUCGGUUUGAGUGUAAUUUAGGAUUAUAAAGGUAAGUGGGGAGUGGAUAAAAGAAACUAGGAACUCUUAGGGACUAGUGUUAAAACACCCUUUUAUCUGCUGGAGACCAUUGGGAGGUUUGCUUUGCUGACAUAAAUUAAUCAAAAGUGAUAAGUGGAGUUUCUGAUUGUUGCAAAUUAUAUAAAUUAUUCUAAGCACUUCAGUACCUAGAUGGUAGCAGAGGGUGGAUCAGGUGAAUUUUUUAACCUGAGUAUUCUAGGACAGUAGACCAGCAAUUCAAGAGAGACUGUGAAAUGUGAAACUUUAUGUUGCCUCAUAAAGACUUGGGAAAAAUUACUACCAUCUUCCAUUACCAUUACUUUAUUUAAGAUUUGCCUGCUCUUUCUCUUCUCCCCUUCUCCCCCACCAAUAUUUAGGAAGGACAGAAACUCGUAAUAAGAGAGUUAUAAACUUGAUUAAGUUGAUGGGAAAAAUUACUACACUGUUCUUUUGACAUUUACUCUGUAUUACUGAAACUUUGUCAAGGAGUAGUAUCAGUCCAUAGACGAGCAGUUCAGAAGUGCUGUGAUACACACUAAUGUGGUUAUAAAACUAUUACUGAUUAGGGGAUGUAAUAAACCACAUGCACUCUGAUACUCAGACUGAAACAUAUUACUGUGUUAAGUUUUAAGGACCACAUAUUAAGAGGGGCAUAUGAACUAUAAUGUUCAUAGGGAGGCAACCAGAAUGAUGGAGGGCCUGAGAGCUGUGGAGAGUGGGAUGCAGUCAAAGACCCUGCAAUUUUGGAGAAGACAAGUUUAAAGAGAGGGAAUGUUCUUCAAAUAUUUGAGUAGCUGCCAUGUGUAAGAAGGAAUAGAGGGGUUCUGAACUUAUUCUAGAUGGAAAAAUUAAUUGUAAAAAAGGAAGUUUCUGGUUCCAAAUUUAGUGUUCUGUAUGAGAACUUCUAAAUGAAAAUUAGCUCCAUCAUAAAGUUAUUGAAAGUAUUCAAACAGAAACUAGAUCAGCAGUUCUCAAAGUAGGAUCUUUAUACUAUCAGCAUCACCUGGGUAUAUUAUUGGUACAGAUCUAAAAUUAUGGAUCUCCAAGCUGAAAGAAAGCUAAUGGAAUUGAGUAAAAUAAAAUGAAACACUUCAUUUGUAUAAAACAGCUAAGGGAAAUAACUUUUAAAUAAAAAUUGAUUUCGAUAAUUUAACCUUAACUUUCAACACAGAGCAUAAAGAAUAAGAAUUGUUAAUGAUGAAACACUGGACCUGUAGAAUAGAAUAAUUAAUAUACUUUUUGGAAGGUUUUUAAAACACUUAGAUAUAAGGUAAACUAUCAUUUAUUGAAACAAAUUUAAAUUGGUCUUUGAAUAAGUGACUUAGCUUUCUUAAACAGGAGUGCUGCUUCAAUCUGAAACAGAGCCAUAUCAGGAGCAGAAAAAAGUAUUGAGGGAGCUUGCUAUUUUCAUACCGAUUACUGUCACAAUAUUAGAAGGGGAGCCAGGAGCGGCUGACAGAUAAAUUUUCUCUGAUCUCUUCCUGUUCUCCUGCCCUGUAAAUACAACUGAGUGGCAUGUCACAUCAUCAUCACUGACCUUGCUAUGUAUUUGGUAAAAGUGCCCUCAAGUAGUGCUGUUAACUGGGACUUCUGCUUUUAAAAUCACUGCUGUGGAUGGAUUUUGUUUGGCUAUCAUUAGGUCAUUAAUGAAUUCCACCUGUUGGGUACUUUGUGAAUAACCUUAGAGUUUUAGAUUUGUCAUUUUUCAAGGGUUCUGUGGUGAUCCAAAUGUGGUUUGUACCCAUUACUCGGUGUGUUUUUAAUUCUGAUGCACUUUUGUCCAUUACCCUAUAAAAAUAAUGGGAAAAAAAAUUAAAGCCAGUUCUCCUGAUUUUGAAAGCCAUAAUACAAUGCAAGUUGAUUUUUCAUUAUAAAUUAUGAAUUAUGUUCAAAUGCAUAUUUCAUACUGUAAAGUAAUGUUGUAACUUUACUAGAUGUCAUUUUUUUCCUGUCAUCCUACAUAACCAAAGAGAAUAUAGAUACCAUUAGUAAGAAACUAUUGAAGGCCAAGUGUAUUCGGCUAUUGAGCAAAACCUGAGUUUUGAUCUUUAAAUGUAAACUUUCUAAAAUAUUUUAGUUUUUCUGGCCACAAUAUUCUCUGAAUUACUGAAUGUGAUGUUAUAUACAUUCAAGUGAAAGUAUUAAAACAAGAUGAAAAUUUUAAAAAACUAGAAUGAUACAUGAUUGACAUUUGAAUGACAGACAAUUUUGUGAGUUUUUAAAAUUAAAUACUUGGACCAUUGUACUAGAUUUAAUAAAAGUAUUUUUACCUUAACAGUUUUAUAAAUGAAAAUAUUUUUCUAAGAAGUUUUCUUUCCAUUUAAAAUUUAUCCAUUUGAUUCUAGCACAUAGUAGAUGUUCAGCUGGUGUGUUUGUUCAAUUUGAUAAACUGAAUUUUAAAGUGAGAACAUAGGCAUUCUUCAUGUGAAGUGUUCUCUAAAGGACAGGAAAGUGUAAACCGUUUCACUGGAAGCACUUGUUUAAUUGGGUUGUUUCAUUUUCAGUUUUUAAUUGUGGAAACCAGCCUCCUUACUAAUUUUUAAAAGAUGGUAGAGUUUACUAUUCCUAGGCUCUUUGUAAUACCAAGUGAAAUGAAUGGUAAUUUAAAUGAUUGGGUAAGUGUGAAACCAUUGCCACAUGAUUGUAGCUCAGAUCUUGAAAUAUCCUGUGGUGUUUACUGCUACUGAAAAGUGUUGCAUAGUUUUUAAAACAACUAAAAUGGGCUUUAGCUGCUUUCCAAUGACAUCCAGCCAACUCUCAAGUAGAAAGAUACUGAGAAGUGCUAGAAGCUGUGCAUUGGAAUCCAUUUUCAUCUUUGCCAGUGAGUUGCUACUAAUUUGCCGAAAUAAAUCACUGCUAUUUUCUAGAGCAGAGUUUAUUUCUUUAUUAAUAUGAGCUAUAAUUGAAUAAUAUGACUCAUAAGAGCCUUUCUACCUUUGACUUUUUGUGGCAAUAAAAAUAUUUGAUAUACUGUACUUUUGAUUUGUAGAAUGUUUCACAACUCUUUCUUUCCUCAGUAAUAAACAGGCCACCUAUUAUUACCUUACUGUUAACUGUUAGAGAACCUGAUGCCCAUACAAAUAAUAUGACAUAUUAGUUUGCAUGGCUAAUAGUGUCAGAGCUAUGACACAAAUUCAGCUCUUCUAAUUUUUAGUCCUGUGUGUUACAAACACUAUAUCAUUAUUCUGUGUUUUGUUUUUGGUUCUGGCUGUCUGACAUAGCAUUCUGAAUUCACAUAGUAAUGGGGUUUGCAACUUCAAUAAAAAUGGGAAUCAUUCAUGUAAAUAACUAUUUUGGUUAAUGUAGGCAAAAUUUUUUUAUUGAAAUAUAGUUGAUAAUAUUAUUUUAAGAACUCUUUUGGUGGAUUAAAAUACUCCUAAUCUGUAGAUUUGUUUGCUGGAAAGUUUAAGACUUCAAAACUUAUACUCUACUGCUUGCAUCAGUAAAAUGCAUUCUCCUUUGUAAUGUGACAGUGACUAAAGUGAAAUUUAAGAUACUUGUUACUUGAGUCUUUCUGAUGGUGAGGCUUUGCAGCGACACUUGAUUCUCACCAUUCCAGGCCUGGCAUAAAGUGUCAUGCAAGCUCCUGCAACUCUGCUUUGGAUUUUCUCGCCUGCACACAGGGCAGAUUGGAAGGGCUGGGAGGAUAAUGGCCCAGGAGCAGCCCUCAGCCAGUGAAGGAUGGGAGCUAGAUAAUUAUUCUAGCCUCCUUACCCUUCUGGUUAUGUGCAGGCAUAUUUCUCAUUGUCUGCUAGAGUUUAAAUGGGACUGAACUUCACUGCCCACAGCAGGAAACUGUUAAAUAUGUAUUUUUUAUUUUCUUCCUCUUUUCUGUCUCACUCACCAUUCAUUUACCAAUGUUUCCUGGGAUUCCCUCCAAAAUGAGCGACUUGUCUUUGAAUCCUUGUCUCAGAGUCUGUUUCUAAAACACAUUUGAUUUGGGAAAUAACUCUAUUAGUGUUCUUGUUAGAUAUAUGUUAGGAAGAUUUUUCUAAAGUAAUUAUCUUUAAUAACAUCUAAAACAAUUAUUUUAAUAUUCCAUUUUCACAUCCAUGUUCAAUUUAACUUCCUUUGUUUCAUUUUAUGAUAUAGGAAAGAUUCAAGGUAAAAAUGUUAGGUAGAAAUUCAAGGUAAUUAUCUUGUGUGGAAAUCUUUGUACCAGAUCUGUUUAUUCUUUUCUUAAAAAAAAAAAGGCUGAUUAUCCGAAUGACUUAAGAAGAACACAGUGGGUUAUCUGUCUUGGUAGAAACUGAAUUAGAAUUUGGUUCAACCAAAGUUACAGAUUAUUUUUUACUUGGACCCAACUUUUUGAUUUCUUACCAGGAUCAUCUUAUUCACAAUCAGGGACCAGGAUUAGUCUUGCUUAACAUUUAUUGUAAGGAUAAAAAUAAUUCCUGUAAAAUUUCCCCAAAGAUUAUUCUGUGAUUCUUGUUAAAUCAAAACUUUUUUGUGAGCUUCUUAAGGAUUAAUGAAUAUGGAAUUUAUAAAUGGAAAAAGCUCUAUGCUAAACUUAGUAUAUUAUAAAUGUAUCUUUUAUAGUUCUUUGAUAUAAUUUUUUUAAAUUAAAAAUACUGAUUUUUAUGUUUUCAAAAAAUGAUGGAAAUUUGUAUUCAUUUUAAGUAUAUGUUAGUUACUGGUCUUCUUUUCCCAUGUAAAAUUGUGAUUUAUAUGUCUGAAAAGUAUGCUCUGUUGAUUUGGUUUAUGAGAUGCAACCUAGAUGAAUUUAAGCAAGUUUAUAGUUCCAUUAAUAGGGCCAUCCUAAGAUUAGCAUGCACAAAUAUUUUCCCACAGGGAAUACAAAACAUUCAAAGAAUAUAUUUUAAUUAAUUAUCCUGAUUUUAAAGGAACAUCUUUAAACAUCUCUGCAUUUUUUAAAGCAAAAAUGUGAGAGUAUAUACAGAGUAUUUUUCCUUAGUGUAGUUACCUUAUGGUAUCUUCAGUUUUUGCCAAGUUCUUUUGAAUAUAUGUCAGGACAUUUCAUGACUUUUGGGGUUGUAUUUGUCUGUUAGAAAUUGUGAAAGGUCAGCUGGGUUAUUAGAUUGGAUAAUAUGGUUUAGGCGAAAAAUAUAGUAGUUAUAAAGGAGUAAGUAUGCCUCUUUCCAGGGACACAUCAAACUGCUCUACAGGGGAAACUCUCCCCAGAAUCUCCACAGUGACAUAUUAGAAUAAACUUAUAGUUUGUUAAAGUUAAAUAUUUGUUUGAAAUAAGUUCUCUUAUUUCAAAAAAUAAAUCUUGUUACUUUUCAGACAAUUUAAACAUCUUCCUAACUUACUAAAUUAAAUCAGGGUCUUUGGCAUUUCAAAUAUCUCAAUAUGAUAGAUUGAAAAAUCUGGUGAAGAACCAGAGAAUUUUUAAAGUAUAUCAAGAAAGCUGACUAUAUUUGCUAAACACUAAAUGCUUUCUAUAAAGAAUGUUAGAUAAAAUGAUUUUGGGGAAUAUCUUCACUGAAAGAUGACUUUUUGUGUUGAAUGUGAGCAAUCUCAUGAUAACUUGAUUUAAAAAAGCUUGAAAAAUUCUCUCUUCAAAAGUUUACAUAUUUUCCAAUAUUGCCACUUUUAACUCUGUACUAAGUAUUGAAACACAGCCUGUUCUUUUUAUCAUUUAAAAGUGCUUCCUCCUAUUUAUGUUAAAUGCUUGUAUUUGACAAUGCUGUUUUUGGAUGUUUGUUAAUCUGAUGAAUCUUGCAGAGUUAGUGUAUUCUUGAAAAUUCUACUUGGUAUAGUUGUCAGAGAAAAACAAUGAUGCAUGUUUUAACAAAUAUUUAAAAUUUUUCUAUUUAAGAAGCAGAUCUCCAUAAUUGCCACACCUAAUUUUGUACUUUCUAGGACUCAGUUGUUUUGGAUUAGGAAAAUAUUGCACUUUGCAGUAACUGAUUUGCAUUUUUUGCUGUUUGUUAAAGUUUUCACGUUCAUGAUCUCAAGUUAUUUUAACUAAAUGUUUACAUUAUUGAAUGGGGAAAGUAAAACCAGUUGAAAGUACUAAAACAGGCUAAAAUUUAGGUCUGCUGUGUGCAUGGAGUUCAUGGUCAAAUAUCUAGAGGAUAUCAGUUUCAGAUAUUUAUGGUAGAGUUAAUAUUAGAUUCAAAGUUGCUUGACUAAUUUACAUUUUAAGAGUAAUGGUUGAGGUUUUACAUUAAGUUUUCUUUUAUAUUUCCACAUUCAUUUAAGCUUGCUUUUAAAAUGGUGAUUUAAGUAAUUUUUUAGGUAAUAGAAAUGUGUGUAAAUAUACAGUAUUUAAAUCGUUACUACUUAACUACUUGAAAGGAACUUUGGCUCAGUGUUUCAUAACCACUUACAUGUUCCUUUGUUUUUCCUUUAAAUUUUACCUCUUUAACUGAAGAGAUGGCUGUCCGUAAUAGCCUCAGUUUUCUGUGACCAACUCAUGACUGAAGUUACUUCUAUAAAAUGAAAUAUUAGAAAAAUAUUAGAAUAUUAGAAAAAUAUUCUUUAGCAGAAAUUUUAUAGUAAUUUCAAUACUCUAUGGUAACAAAAGCUUUCUGGUUAGAUCUUUAGCUUUUUUUCCCUAUUAUUUUUCCCAACUCUUUUUAAAAAAUCUACAUUGCUGGCAUCUUCUCUACAAUUUUAGAAAAACUGGACAAUUGAAAGGAGUUACUUUCACUGAAAUUUAAUUGUUCUGCCCCAGAUAAGCAAUACUGUGAUAAGGAGAUAUAUUUUACUUCCCGCUCUCAAAACAGAGCUUACAGCACUUAAUAUUCUUAAAGAAUAAAUCUUUAUCAAGUUUUGUACUCAUUUUCAGAUCAGCUCAGGAAAGUAACAGAUGGAUUUUGUAGCAAAACAGAGAUACUGAGAUUUGUAUGGGGAUUUUGUCAUGUUAAAUGAAGAAUAAUGUUCUUUCAAAUGAGAAUGAGGUUUAUAAGAAACUAUAAGGCAAAUUAAUGUGAAUAGUCAAAAUUCUUUUCAAAGCUGUAAACCCUAUUGAAGACAAAUUGUCUAUUCCCAAGAAAAGGAUACUGUAUGUUUUAAUUAUCUUGUCUGUAUUUGGGAACUAAAGCAGUCAAUGCCAAGAUUUAUUUUUCUCUUCCCCUUUAGUUAAUUGACAAUGGUAAUUCAAUACUAGUAUUGCUAGUUUAAUUCUAUAAUGCUUAUUAUCUCUUAACAUUUAAAAAGACAUUUCCUCUAAGAUAAAAGACUGAUACGAAGAGAAAACACACUGAUUUGUGUCCAUCCUCCUGCAUUUAUGGUCCUGAAGAGACUGCUUUUAACCUGGGAGAAACUUCUUUAAAGUAACCCUGAAUGUUCUGGUAGUAGGUAAUCUAUUCAUUCUUUGGUAUUCUUACUCAUGGUUUUUUUUUAGUGGAGAUGAGCACAGGAGAUUUAUGCAACAGCAGCCCCAUGUUUGUGAGCAGAUACGGUGUUGGGCACAUUCUACCCCUGUAGUGGUUUUCUAUGAUCUUUAUGCUCACCCUCUUCCUCCUCCCAAAACAACCCUUCCACACUCCUUGUGCCCAAACCAACCUCCUUAGCCUUUCUCCCUCUCACGCUCUCCUUUUCUGUUUCACUUUCCUCCUUCACUGAAACACAUCAGGGAGAAUAGGACCCUGCACAUAAGCAAUGUCUGUAUUUUAUAAUCUUUAUUAGUUCUCAGAACUAAUAGCAUUAUCUCCUAACAGAGUCGUCCUAACAUUAGUUAUACUACUUUAGUUCUUCAUCCUCUGUCAGUGUAAGUAGGCUUUGAAGUGUAUUGAAUUUAAGAAAAAGGGUGAAGGGAGGAUAUGACCAUUUAUAAAGGGACUGGGUUUCAUUCUUACGGUAAAUAAUGUUUUUCUCUUUUGCCAAAUGAAAAAAACUUAUGCAAAUGUUUGUAAGCAUGUAUGUAAAUAUGUUUUCUUUACCUCCAAAAAAUUCAUUAAUAAAAAUGGAUUGUAGUUUCUUCUUGAA